AGUAAAGAGAAAAGGAGAGGAAGAGGAAUUGACAGCACAGAGCAGAACUGCCACACAAUCAGUAACUCAAGCGGUGCCUGACCCCGAGACUACUGUGAUUUGGAGGAAUCAGAGGGGUGAAAAUAUGGGACUUUGCAGGAAGAGAAAAGCUUUCAUGGAGGAGAAGGACGCUGUUUUUCUGAGGAGAAAGAUCACCCUUACUCGGGCCAUUGCAUUGGCUGUAGGCACCAUGGUGGGCAGUGGGAUCUUUAUUUCUCCUAAAGGGGUAUUGCAAAACUCAGGCAAUGUAGGGGUCUCAUUACUUGUAUGGCUCGCUUGUGGGAUUCUGUCUCUGUUUGGUGCUCUGACCUAUGCAGAUAUUGGAACAUGUAUUACAAAGUCAGGCGGGCAUUAUAUUUAUCUUUUAGAGACACUUGGACCAUUGCCAGCUUUCCUCCGAUUGUGGGCUGAAUUUAUUAUGAUACGCCCUGCAAAUGUAGCUGUGGUGUCUUUGGCAUUUGGUCGAUACCUCAUUGAGCCUUUCUUUGCUUCUUGUCAUGUCCCUCCUCUGGCUGUGAAACUGAUCACUAUGGCAGGAAUUACCUUAGCCGUAGCCCGGAAUUGUUGGAGUGUGAGUUGGGCUGCCAAAGUACAGACGGGGCUCACUGUUCUGAAGAUGAUCACUGUGGGUCUAAUUAUUGUUCCUGGGCUCUUGGCUCUUGGAAAUGGUCAUAAUGAACAUUUCCAGAAUAGUUUUGACACAAGUUCCUUAACACUUGAAAAGCUGCCUCUUGCUUUUUAUUCCGGGAUGUUUGCUUAUGGAGGAUGGUUCUAUAUAAACUUUGUAACUGAAGAGAUUGUAAAUCCUAAAAAGAACAUUCCUCGGGCAGUCAUCGUUUCCUUAACUGUUGUUACAGUCAGCUACAUCCUUACUAAUGUAUCUUACUAUGCUGUCUUGACACCGCAAGAAAUUCUCAGUUCAGAUGCAGUAGCUGUGAGUUUCACUGAUAAAGUUUUCAAGAACAUUUCCUCUGCAAUUCUAAUCCUUGUAGCUCUCUCAUGUUUUGGUGCUUUAAAUGGAGGAAUCUUUGCUGCAUCCAGGAUGUUGUUUGCAGCUGCACGAGAAGGACAGUGGCCAGUUCUCUUUUCAAUGAUACACCUGGAAAGACACACUCCUGUCCCAGCUUUAAUAUUAAUGUUACCUUUGGUCUACUUGAUGGUAUCCAUUGGUGACCUUUAUGGACUUUUGAACUUCUACAGCUUCUCCCGCUGGUUCUUCCUAGGACUUACCACACUGGGGUACAUGAUACAUUGCUUCCAACAUCCAACAAUAGUGAGACCUUUUAAGGUGCCUCUGUUCUUCCCACUGGUAUUCACAGUAGCCUGUUUCUUCAUUGUGGGGACAUCGCUAUAUUCAGAUCCUGUAAACACCAGUAUUGGAUGCGCUUUAACUUUAUCUGGCUUACCCGUCUACUAUCUGGUGGUUCAGAAAACUAGAAUACCAGGCUGCUGUACAUCAAAGUUCAACUCCAUGAUAAUGAAGCUACAGAUCCUGAUGAAGGUGACUCCUCAGGAAGUCCAGAUGUAUUGAAGGAGCUGUGUAUUGGAGUAAGGAAAACAAUAUUUAGACUGCAAGGAACCUGCAAACUCUUGACACUACUACUGUAAGGAAUAUACCUCCAAGCCAUUUUAAAGCAAGCAGCAAGAGAUACAAUAUGUGAGAAUCCCUUUCCAUGAGUUACCUCAUGUUUCAUUUUGUCUUUCAAAGGUAUAAGACUGAUCUUCUUUUGCCCAGAAGCUUGAACAAGCAGUUUAUAAGGAAUAAAAAUAAAUCAAAACUCUUUAUGAAAAACCCAUCAGCAAUAUCUGCAGAACCUUAAGCAAGUCUUAGUUCUGUAUACAGUAUAUAGUAAACAUAAGAUUCUUGUCCAAUACAGCACUUCCUUCUUAUGACAACAAUAAGGAAUCUAUUGUCAUAGGAAAUGUGGGUCUUGCUCGCCCUAAAAAUGUUCAAGCUUGCACAAAAGUAUAGUAAUAAUUAGUUAAAAAAUGAAAAUUCAGUUCACAAAAUAGAGGUUGAAAAUGUUUUAAGGUUAAAAUUUCCACAUCCAAAAUAUUCCAACUUCAAAACUAUUCCCAACCUUAUCAGAAAUGGUCUGCCAUUGGAACUGCUCUGACUCUACUAAAAAAGAAGAAAAAAACACAGUAUAAGCUGUUCUGCCUUCCAUUUUCAAAGCCAGAACAUUUUGUUAAGAUUGGAAUACUUCUGGUGAGACUGAUGUUUCUAAAAUCUGACAAUUUAAAUCUUGAAAUGAUCUGCACACUGCUAAUACGAAGACAUAUCCCAAGUAAAUAUUCUACACAUACGGUAUGGCCCUAAAGAUUUAGGACAAGUGUUGCAAUGAUUUGUAUUUGUAAGUAAUUUUUAUAAUGGAGGUAAUCAGAUUUUUUAAUUCCUUGACAAUAAUAAAUUAUGAAUAACUAUC